GUCAAGAUGACUGGUAGCUAUUUUUAUUUGAUUACUUGUUACGCAUACGCGCCACAGAUGCUUCAUUGAUUGUAAUAUCUUGUUGUUUCUGGUGAUAUUUUGUGUUACCCCGGCCUGCGAAAUCAAUAUAUUUGGCUCUUGAUGGUUUCAUUGUGUUUGCAUUUCGCAUCGUUCCCUGUGGUUUGAUUUUGUCCUCUUGCUGCAAUACUUUGGUGGCUCCUUCUCGAAGAGUCGGAGUUUCAUCAACAUUCAUUUUUUUUGAAUUUGAUAGGUCGACAUCCACAUCUUCGUAGUGCUUUGUCAAAAAUGUUGUCUGUCCAUCAAGUAUUGGGGACAAGCACGACCCCAUUAAUCCUGACGCCACAGGAAAAGCGAUCACUCGAGGCAGAUGCGAACAUGUACAAUGCGUUAAACAUGAAUACUUGACCUCUGUUGAAGUUCUAGUUGUAAGGCUAACGAGUAUCAAUAUCACGAUUAUCAAUAGUCAGCACAUGCCAUUACCAAGCGUGUUACAUCUACACUGUACUGCAUCAGUUCUCCCAACAGUAUCUCUUUAUCUCGUUUGACCUUUCCCAUGCAACAACCACAAACAGGGUCUCGAUCAUUCAUAGCGUCGAACAGCUGGAGAAGGCAUUUGUGAGUGGCCUCAUAGAACCGAAAGAGUAUGAGAGGCUGUGCAACGCUCUUAUCAGUCAAUUUAAAGUCGCACAGGCUGCAUUGAAGGAAAAGUACCCAGACUUCGGCACAUUCUGGUCAGAUCACAAGCUCGACGCUCCGCUAGCUAGGGAGAGACUGCUCUGUAUUAUUUUCCCUGAAGAUUUACUUUUUCCAUUCCUAUUGUAUUUGAUACUGAUGAAGCAUGUGUAUGGGGUAAAAGUAACAUGAUAUUGCCAUAUCGAUUUCGAAUUCAAUUGUCAAUGAGAAUACGACCAAUUACUUGUGAAUAAUUUAUAUAUGAUUUACUCGAACCACACCAAUAUCUGCACAACCACAGCCUGGGGCGUUCCAGCGUCGAUGUUGUACGAUGUCGGGAAUCAAGAGGACAACAGUGCUAGCUUGCACGUUUUCGACGCAUGCACGUUUACUACGACGUUGAUUGACUCGUUGAAGAUGAAUAUGCGGGCAGUGGACGAGAUACUUCCAACGCUGAAGGAAACGCUUGGCUGCGUGAACAAGAUUCGCGGACUGCCUAAAGACUUGGAAGCUAGACAGAAACUGGAACAGUGGCUCUCAACGCUUCAUAACAUGGCUGCGGAUGACGUGCUUACCGAAUCUCAAGCAAGACAGUUUGCUUUCGACGUGGAGCAGUUCUAUGUGGGCAUACAUAACUGGCUUAAGGAACUUCAAGAGAAGAAUGUGAAUAAGAAAUAGACUGCCGCACAUAUAUUUCUCCUUUGCAACUUCACCUCAUGCUGCUUUCACCUACACAACUUCUGCGUGUCCACAUUCGCCAUCACGCUCCUUUCCUCAUAAGAUAGAAGUACUCACACUUUUCCCGCUUAUUUAUUUACAUAACAUUUUGGCAUUUUUGUUUUUCUUCAGCCGUCGUGGUCGACCACAUCGAUCUUCGGAUAAACCCAUACCUGUCUUUGGAGGAUUGCCCCCAUUCCAACCCAUCCUCAUAUCCCUUUCCCACCAAGCAGGCUUUUUUUCGUCUGCCUUUGCGCUAUAAACAAAGAUGAGGACUACUACAUGAUAUGUGCGUGACGCAAUGAU